GGUACAUGAACUCCACAGACUCAUCAGCAAACUAGAAGUUUCCCCACAGACAAUAUUUGCGAUGUGGUAUACGUAUGCCUAGAUCAGUUGCAUCAGUUGAGAUCCUGAUGUCACACAUAAAUAGACGCUGGCGGAGGUGUUUAAUGAACCCAUGACCAAAACCCGGAAACCACUGGCAGGCGAUGAAACCGAAAGCAAGCCUGACAGCCAGAGGGUUCAACUCGAAAAAGCCAAAGGAAUCCUCUUCUGAAACCAAGGAGUCGCAGGACGGCUCGAACAAUGUGAUUCAACUGCUGGGCGCCACUAUAGCGGCCAUCAAUAUUACGAGAGACCUCGUACCCAUCGACCUGGCGAAAGGCAUCCUCGGAACGAUUGCAAACAUUCUGAUCAUUGCGCAGUCAGUGAUCAAGAACCAGUCCGAUUUCCAGGCGAUAGUCGAAAAGUGCGAGACUAUCAGGGAAAUCCUUGAAAGAGCGACCAAGGAUGCUACCGACGAUGAUCUGCAAGGAUACUUGGGGCAUGCUUUAUCCCAGCUGAACAAAUCAGUCAACCGUAUCAAUAGUGAAGUAGCCUCAAAGAAGGAGCAAGGAUUUUGGCAGAGACUCUUGUCUGUCACGAGUGACCGCGAUCGCAUUGCUGGAUGGGGACAAGACUUAGAUCGCGUCAUUCCACUGUUUAGCGCUGAAAUGCUCAUUGGCAUCACGAUUGGAAUGAAACCAUGGACAUCGAGACUCAAGGGAAAUGGGAAAGUCGAAAGGUGUCACCCACCAGUGCCCCCGCCACGUCCGUCCAUGUUUUGUGGACGUGAAGAUCUCGUAGCAGAGUUGACAAACCUUGUCAUCAAUGAUGAGCAUAUCGGGUUGAUCGGUCUAGGAGGCAUGGGGAAGAGUUCUCUUGCCAAAGCUGUCAUCAACGAGCCACUCACCGUGGAGAGAUUUGCUGAUAGGCGCUUCUUUGUGACCUAUGAUGGUCUGGAUCCUUCGACCAUCACCUUUGAAACUUUCACGACUCAUUUUGCGGGAGCCCUUGGUAUAGAGCUUGCUGGUGCGGAUCCUGUGCGCCAAAUAUCCUCUUUUCUUCGUUCUGCCAGCGCUCUCGUUGUCCUUGAUAAUGCUGAGACAUUUGAAGAGGCCAGUGCGUCGUCGGCGCUUGGAGACAUACCACCAGCCAUUGCUGAAAUUGCAGAUAUCCCUGGCGUCAUUCUGAUCCUCACGUCACGCAGUCGAAGGAAUGCACCGAACGUGCGAUGGAUAACAAAGGAUAUUCCGCCACUGGAUUCGAGCUCUGCUCAAGCAGCGUUCUUUCAAAUCUACCAUCACGCCAGUCAAAGCGAUGCCGGGGAAGAAAUCAAGGACCUGCUCAAGGAAUUGGAUUUUCACCCCCUUUCCAUCAAUUUACUCGCAAACGCUGCACAGCAAAAUGGCUGGUCCCCAGUUACGCUGUUGAAGAGAUGGAACAAUCGGCGCAGCAAGGUGCUGGAUCCCGGCAAGGGAAAGCUCCAAAGCUUGUCAGACACCAUGCAGCUGUCGCUCAGUUCGCCAUCCAUCCAGGAUCUCGGAGAGGAUGGUCGCCGUGCUUUAGCGAUCAUCGCUUUCUUGCCCCAGGGCCUCAACGACACCCUGGCCAGCGAUUUGUUGCCGUCUCUCCCGCAAGUUGAUAUUAUUUGUGACGUCCUUUGCAGGCAAUCUCUCGUUUAUCGUAAAGACAGCUUCAUCAAGUUGCUUGCCCCCAUUCGACAUUAUGUACGAGAUUCGUUGCCAGCACUUGACUCCACUUGUUUGCAUGAGAUACGCGACUUCUACCAUCGCACCGUCGACCGCUGUUCAGAAGAGCACGACCACUACGCUGAUAUCAUUACCUCGGAUCACCUUAACAUCGAGCACAUAGUUGCUUUUGACCUUGCCCACGUCCCAAAUGUCGCCGAAGUGACCUAUGACAUUUGCUGGCAGUUUCUGUGGUGCUUGAAGAGUCAUCUACCCCAUCCAACUACCCUCACUCCAGCUAUUUUCAACCUUGUAGAGAACUCUUCCACGCGGACGUCAAAGGCACGCUGCCUGCAGUAUCUCGGCGAGCUCUACACUACUCUUACUCAGCUCACUGAAGGGAUGAAGGCCUUCAAAGCUGCUGAGGCACUCUAUCUUACCGCCGGCGACCACGAAAAUGUAGCAUACUGUGUUAUCCAAUGUGCGGACAUCUACAGAUGUCAAGGCCGCUUCAUUCAGUCCCAACAGGUUCUGGAGGCCUUCCAACACACCGACUCGUGGAAGUAUCUCAGCGAAACACCGAAAGCCUACGUCUUGUAUUUCUUGGAUAAGACUAGAAUAUACACAUUUACAACAUCUGCGGACGAAUUAUUCGUGAAGUCCAUGGAAGAUUGCGACUGGGGCUUGCCAUCCAAGAUUUGGCAUUGGCGGGCUAAACUGUACUACGGGGGAGACGUUGUUCAGGCGAACGCGCACUUAGAAGACCUUUUCCCGCAAUGCCCAAGUACUGGAUAUCUCUUCGCCCACAGGGACGUACUUGAAGGGCUCGCACAAGUAGCAUUCUGUGAAGGCAGGUUAUCGGACGCGAUGGAUAUUUUGCAGAAACUCGUAGAGAUGUUUGAGGGACAAUAUUCGGACGGUGUCCUUUGGUACACUGUCCAGAAGGCUGUCGUUGCGAGCAAGCAGGGGAAUCACGACCUUGCGAGGGAGCUCAUCCACAAAGCCACAGAACCCUUCCAAUUCUUUGCCCUGCGCAAUGCACGCGCAUUUCUCCACCGAUCUUAUGGCUCCGCACUCAUUGAGCUCACUGCAGGCGAGUACGAUAAGGCUGCGUCUCAAUUCACUGCCACGAUUGAAGGUUGCGACAUGCAAGGCAACCUGCAUGCCAAAGCAUUCAACAUACGUGGACUUGGCGAGGUGGCCUUUGUGGAUGGUGACUUUGCUUUAGCCGCACAGCGCUUCGCAGAAACGCGGACUUUGUGCGCUGAAAUGGGAGUGCCCCCAUGCCAUUUGUACAGUUGCUUGCCAUUUCAUACCUUGUCAGACAGAUUCGAAGGAUGGGCGGUGUUUUUGGAGGGCCGCUCGCCAUUCACAAAUGUUAUGUAGAUCAUGAUAUGUGGUAACCAUGCAUGGUACAUUGUAUCUUCGUUGUAUCUCGUACGAUUCACCCCAAGCAGUGUCAUGACCAUGUAUCCGUGCCAUGGCAUGAAUUAUAAGUUCAAUACAAC